UUAAAGAAAACACUUAAAGCUUUAACUAUACCAGAUAGCUAAUACAUCAACAAUGUCUAUGUUAAAUAGAAUAGCUUUAAGAUCCAGUCGUUCAAUCGUCGGAAAGUCUAUUCGUCCAUCCUUAAUUGGAUUACGUUAUCUUUCCACUCCAGCCCCAGUUGAACCAAAACAAAAGGCUAGUUCAAUCAUUGAUGCAUUACCAGGUAACAGUUACUUAUCUAAAACCGGUGUUUUAGCUACUAGUGCUGCUGCUGCCAUCUAUGGUAUUUCAAAUGAAUUAAUUGUUUUACAUGAUGAAACCAUCUUAGUUGUUUGUUUCGCUUCAUUUGCUGCCUUAGUUGCCAAAUUCAUUGCUCCUUUAUAUACCGAAUGGGCUGAUGGUGAAAUCAAAAAAGUUAAUGACUUAUUAAAUGAAUCAAGAACUAAACAUGUCUCUGCCGUUCAAGAUAGAAUCAAUUCCGUUUCACAAUUAAAAGAUGUUGUCUCCGUCACUGAACAAUUAUUCGCCAUCUCUAAAGAAACUGCUGAAUUAGAAGCUAAAAGUUUUGAAUUAAAGCAAAAACUCGCUGUUGCUCACGAAGCUAAAUCCACCUUAGACUCAUGGGUUAGAUACGAACAACAACAAAGACAAUUAGAACAAGAACAAUUAGUCAAAUCAGUCUUAGAUAAAGUUAACAAAGAACUUGAAAAUCCAAAAUUCCAAGAAAGAGUUUUAGCUGAAUCUGUUGCUGAAGUUGAAAAAUUAUUCACCAGAGCCUAAAUCUAAUUAACGAAUCAAAAUCAUCAUAUGAUAAAUCAAAAAUAUUAAUUUAUUUACAUAGAAACAUAAAAUAAAAACAUUACUUAUUGUUACAAAGAGU